AUGAAAUUAUCUACCAUUAAAUUCGUCGUGAAUGCAUUACUUCUCCACAGCUCAAUGGUGUUUGCUGAUUCUAUAAUUUCACAAUCGUCAGAAAUUAAUGAUGGUUAUGUUAAAAUGAACUUUCAGAGGAAGUACGGUGAUUCAUUUGAGAGCGCUACUAAUGAUACAAAAGCCAGAGCGCGUUUAGUGACAAGAGGUGACGAUUACGAACUAGUGGAAUUGACCAAUCAAAAUAGUUUUUACUCCGUGGAACUUGAUAUUGGUACCCCCCCUCAAAAGGUUACUGUGCUUGUAGACACUGGUUCAUCUGAUCUAUGGGUCACAGGUUCAGACAAUCCGUAUUGUUUCACCGAAGGGGAGGAUACCUCUGGCUCAUCGUUCAAACAUGUAAACAAAGAUAAUCUAGUUAGUGUAGUUGAAAGCGUGUUUACUGAAAUUAGCUAUGACACUACUAUGGUUACCAGUGUAGCCACUGCCACUAUAGGUAAUACAGCUUCUACAUCCCAGGCUAUGAAUUGUACUACAUACGGCACAUUUGAUACUUCCAAGUCGUCUACAUUCGAAUCCAAUAAAACAGAAUUUUCGAUCACCUAUGGUGAUUCAACUUUUGCAUCCGGUACAUGGGGCCAUGACAGAUUGAGUCUAAAUAAUUUGAACGUUACUGGUUUAUCGUUUGCUGUGGCAAACGAAACGAACUCAACAGUUGGUGUCUUGGGUAUUGGUUUACCAGGCUUAGAAUCGACUUAUUCUGGUGUUUCUCUCAGUUCUGCACAGAAAAGCUACACUUACAAUAACUUUCCAAUGAUUUUGAAGAAUUCGGGUGCUAUCAAAUCAACAGCUUAUUCUUUAUUCACUAAUCAUUCUGAUUCCAAGCAUGGUACCAUUUUAUUUGGGGCUGUCGAUCAUGGAAAGUACGCAGGCGACCUAUAUACAAUUCCAAUCAUCAAUACUUUGCAAAAUCGCGGUUACAAGGAUCCAAUUCAAUUUCAAGUCACUUUACAAGGAAUUGGUGUGAGUCAUGGAGAAAGAGAUGAAAAUAUGACUACCCUCACUACUACGAAGAUCCCAGUUCUGUUAGAUUCAGGUACCACCAUUUCAUAUAUGCCUGCUGACCUGGUCGAAAUGAUCGCCAGUGAGGUCGGUGCUACUUACUCUCCUGACUAUGGUUACUACAUAAUGGAUUGUAUCAAUGAAAUGGAAGAGGAGAGUAGCCUCAUCUUUGAUUUCGGUGGUUUCUAUAUUGCUAAUUGGUUGAGCAAUUUUCAAUUACUCACAGACAGUCGUUCAAAUGUUUGUAUACUGGGCAUUGCACCUCAAUCAGAUCCGGCUAUUAUUCUAGGAGAUAACUUCUUAGUUAGUACUUAUGUGGUAUAUGAUCUGGAUAAUAUGGAAAUAUCAAUGGCUCACGCUGACUUCAGUGACGGUGGUGAAUACAUUGACACCAUAAAAGAUUCAGUCCCGAGUGCUCUCAAAGCUCCCGGUUAUUCAAGCACUUGGUCGACAUAUGAAAGUAUUGUUCCUGGAGGGAACAUGUUUCCAACUUCAUAUAACUUUAGUUCAUCGAACUCGGUCUCUCUGUCUCAUUCGGCGACAGGUACUUCCAGCAAUAAGGGUCAAAAAAGCCAGACGAGCACAACAGCAUUUUCAAAUUCAAGAUCUAGCUCAACUAUUUCUUCAACAGCAAUGUCAUCUUCUACUUCAAGUUCCUCAACGAGAAAAGAAAAUGGUGGACACAACCUAAAUCCUCCAUUUUUUGCUACAUUUGUUAUGGCCAUCCUUUAUCACAUAAGGUGA